AUGGCUAUCGAGCAAGUUCUUCCAAUGUACUGCCCCCUUGGUUUAUUUUACGAUAUUACCACUGCUAAUUGUGAAAAAUCAUGGUGCGUCGGACCGAGUCUCUCUGAUUGUCUUCAAUGUAUUAAUCCAAAUAAUUACAAGGAUUUACAAACAUUAUAAUGUUAUGACUAAUGCCCACAAAACACUUUACCAAUGGUUGUCAGAAAUAAUAACUUCAAAAAUAAUGAGUUUCGUUAUUGUAGAGAGUUAGUUUACUACAUUGAUUCCUCUAACUAGUAGACCAGUAUCGAACUGGGAACUAUCGAAUUUCCUUAUAAGUAAUUGGAUGAUCCUUUCAGAGAAAUCAUAAAUUAGGUUGACUUAAACAUUCAUAGAAACGUUACUAUUUACCUUAAGCAAAAUACAUCCCUUACAUUGUUUUACAUUAAAGUGUCGCCGAUUUUAGUCAACCUUAAUUUAAGGAUCCUACCAUAUACAGAAAAUGAAGAUCAAUCACAGAAUAAAACGAAUAUAUUGUCUCCAACAAUUAUCUGUGAAGAAAAGAACUACUUCAGAACAGACCUAACAAGUUUUAAUCCAACACUUUACACAAAUGGAACCAUUAUACCUUAUAACCUUUAGUCAUUGGUCAAUAAAGGCAUCAUUGAUGCCAGUUUCCUAAACAUUGUUAUGUUCAAAUUUCAAAUGAUUAACUCAGGCGUCGUUAUUAAAAAUAUUAAUUUAAAAGAUGGUGAAAUAAGGACCUACAGCACAAUUAGUGGAUUCUUCACUGGAUAUUACUCACCUUACAAGUGGCUUGUAUUAGAAGAGUGCAGUAUGCUUCUUAAAUCACACAUCUUAUUUACUCAAGAUGGAAUGAACCUAAUGGUCAAGAGCUCUUUUUGGGACAUUUCUAUCAAUACUUUAAGCAUCUUUUAACUAGGAUCUUAUGAUUGUGAUGACUAUAAAGAUAAAGAGAUUUAGGGAAAUCUAAUCCUUGAUGGAAACACUAUCAUAAAUGUUAACUAGGCUGGUGCUAAUCCUUUAAUAUAUACUUAAAUGAGAAUUAAUAUGCAGAUCACUAAUAAUAAGUUCUUAGAUAUGUUCUGGAGAUAUCCAGAUAGAGUGCUACUGCAUGAAUAAUACUCUAAUCCUUGUCAGAUAGAUCAUUCAGUAACUUUGGUCAUUGAGAAUAAUACUUUUGAAUUCAGUUAAUAGUCUUUGUCAUAUGUAGGCUUCUUGUUUAAAUUCCUCUAUCAACCACGAUUUUAGCAAACUGUUAUAUUUAGAGGAAACACCUACAUCAAUAACAGUUUUUAGGAUUCAGGAAUCAUUUAAGUUUUCCAAGAUAAUAAUCAGAAUCUUAAUAUUAUUUUCGAAAAUAAUAGCUUCAUAAACUGUUCUAAUUUAAAAACUGCUCAGUCAAUGAUAAUCUUAAAUGCAGAAUCAAUUACCUUAAAAAAUAACUCUAUCACAGGAGGGAUGCUAUCAACUGGAUUUUUCUUAGCAACUUCAAAACUCAUCCUAGAAAAUUUCAAAUUCAGAGAAAUUUCAAAAUCAGAAUUAUCUUCUAUUUAAAGCUCAUUGAUAACUAUUACUGGCUCGUAAAAUUCAAAUGUCUCUAAUCUUGAAAUGUCACAUGUAGAUUUUGGACAAAUCAGAGCUUUAAAUCUUAUUGAUUGCUAAAAUUCAGACAUUAUGACAUUAAAAAUUCAUGACUCUAAAAUAGACGCAAAUAGCCUAAUUUAUCUACAAAAUCCAACAAAUUUGAAGUUGACAGAUUUGAUAGCAUAAAAUAUUUCAAGCAAUAUCUUCAGUCUCGAUUGCUUCUUCAUUGAUAUGUCUACAAUUACAGUACCGUAAAUUGGUUCUAACUCAAUAUAUUUAAAUCAGCAGAAAUUACUGAAUUCCUCGAUAUAAUUCUUCAGAUUAAGAACUGUCAUUUAUGCCAUAUAAGAAGAUUUUGGCAAAAUGAUGAAUUUAACUAUUAGUAAUAUUGAUGUAUUAAGCAAUAAACUUGCUUAAGGCUAAUCUUUCUUUAAGACCGAAAGCUUUAAUGCUAAAAAUCUUUCAGUCUAAAUAAGCAAUAUUCUAUCAUAAAAUAAUAGUGUUGAGGAUGGUGCUUUGUUUUAUCUUGAGAGAAGAGGAUCAAUAAUAUUUGCUGAAAGAAAACACUCAAGUUGCCUAAUCAUAAAUUCUAGUUUAACUAAAAACUAUGCGAUAUCGGGUGGAGUUGCAUUUAUUCAGACAGGGUCAGAUUUAAUAAUUAGAAAUUCCACAAUCAUUGAUAACUUUGCUGUUACUGGUGGAGUCAUAUAAUCUGUAAGUGAUGGCUAGGUGAGCAUCAUUGAUUGCUAUAUCUCAAGAAACACAGCAAUCAUAGCAAGCAUCUUCUACUUAUUCAAUAAUGUAAAUCCUGCAUUGAUUUCUGGAGGGUAAAUAGAGAGAAAUGGGAUUGAAUUCUCAUUAAUGGAUUACAGAAAUUUUUAUUUGGAGGAUUACUAAGCUUUUGAAUAGAUUUUAAAAAAUUUAUUCAAUCAAGAUUACAUAAAGAAGUUAUAUGAGAUGAAAUAAGAAAUUAGAGUUCUCAUUAAAAAAAUCCAAGAUAAUUAAAAUUAUUAGAUUUAAGUUAUCAAAGCAACAAUCAAAUUUGAAAAAGGUGUCAUCAUAUAAGAUUAGCAUUUGCUCUUGUAAGCACAGUCUUAGUCAUUGGUUUAAUUUGAUAAUACCACGGUCAAGAAUAUGGUAGGACUUAAUCAAAGUUUGUUGAUUUUUGAUCAAACAGAAAUAUAAAUACAUAACUUUGAUGUCCAAAAUAUCACUACUUUCAGUGCACUAAUAUCCGCUUAAUACUAAUCAUCAUUAUCAAUAAUCAAUUUAAAAUAUCAACAAUCUUAAGGUCCCUUACUUUUUCUGAAAUCAUCAGAUGCAAUUUUAACAAAUUUAGUUCUUAGAAAUAUUUUAUACAACGAAACCGAGAUUAACUCAAUGAUUGUAGUACUUUCAAUUUAAAACUCUCAAUUCACCCUCUAUAAUUCUGAGUUUACAGAUUUAUCAAACUUGCAAAUAUCAGGAAUAGCUAUUUAACUUUAUGAUACUGAUACUUUUAUAAAUAAUUCAACUUUUGCUAAUUUAUCUAGUUAGAGGGGAUCUGCUAUAGAAUAUGUAAAUUCUCCAUCAUUAAAUAGAUUAAGAAGUCUAUAAGUAUUAAACUCAACUUUUAUUAAUAAUUCUGCAUUGAGCGGAGAAGGAGGCGCCAUCAAUUUAAUUGAUGGAAACAUUGAUUUAUCUAAUUCGCUAUUUGAUAGGAAUUUUGCUCUUGAAAAAGGUGGCGCAAUUAAUCUUUAAUGCUCUUUGAGCAAUCUUCAAAAAAAUUAAGCAAAAUAUGGAAAUAACUUUGGUUCCUACCCAUAUGAUUUAAAGAUAUAAGGGGAUUAAGAUAAUAAUUUGGAAAACCUGGUAAGCGGCCAAGAAUCAACUGAUUCUUUUGAAAUUGGAAUCUAUGAUUAAAAUGACUAACUUAUAAUUACAGAUAGUGAAAGUGAUGCCUUACUAUUAUCAGAAGAUUACGAGCUACAAGUAUCUGGUUAAACAAGAGUAACAGCAAAGAAUGGCAUAUUCAAAUUUGAUUCCUUAAAGUUUAUUGCUAAACCAGAUUAUACGAGCUAUAUUAAAAUUAAAACUGCCGCAAUUGAUGAUAAAAUUCUUCAAAAAACCACUAAUGAUUCUAAGAAUUCAUAUCUGACUAUUGAAGUCAAAUUUAGAAGCUGCUUAAAAGGAGAAGUAUUAUAAAACUUAAAAUGUGUGACUUGCCCAAGAGGUUACUACUCUUUUGAUCAAAAUUCAACUAAAUGCUAAAGAUGUCCUUAAGGUGCUGAAUGUAAAGGAGGAACAAGCAUUUUGCUAGAUUAAGGACUCUGGAGGUCUUAAGCUGAAUCUCUAAUAUUUUAUUAAUGUUCAAAUAAAGAUGCUUGUUUAGGAGGCUAAGAGCCUUAGAAAUGCUCAGAGGGUUAUAAGGGAAAGUUGUGUAGUCAAUGUAUUGGAAUAGUAAACGAAACAAUAUAUGCUAAAACAGGGCCUGUAGAAUGUGGAAAAUGCUAGCCUCUGCAUUUUUAGAUUCUUUAACUUAUUGGAAUCCUUUUUCUUAUAGUGGCCUAUAUAAUUAUGCUGGCCAAAGAUUUUGAACUAUCUUGGCCUCAUAGAGUCGAUUAAAUUUUGAGAGUCUUCUCCUUUGUCAGCAGUUCAUCUUAGAAUAUAAUUUCCUUUGAUUGCUUUUACUAUUAGUUAGGAGCUUUCUAAAUAGAAUCUUAUUAUCUUAGAAUUAUAAUUUAUGGGAUUACUCCUAUUAUCUUGAGCAUAAUUGGAGCUAUUAUUUGGCUUUUGGUUAAACUUACGAUUAAAAGAAAUGAUAGAAGUUUUAAUGCAAGCAGAAAUAUUUAAGUCACUUGCUAUUGCAUAAUUUUGCUUUUGAAUCCAAUUAUUACCAAUAAUACAUUUUCUCUAUUUUCUUGUAUGAAAUAUGAGGAUGGAAACUACUAUUUGAGGAAAGAUAUGAGCAUUUAAUGCUGGAAUGAAAAACAUUUGAAAAUGAGUUUGACUAUUGGUGUGAUUAUCAUGGGAAUUUGGACCAUUGGCUUUCCAAUUUACAUAUUUAUACAACUAUUAAAGAUAAAAGACAGUUUUGAUAACCCUGAUAACCUUAAAAUGUUUGGCUUGUUUUAUGUAGGACUGAAUGAUAAAACUUUUUACUGGGAAGUGAUUUUUGUAAAUCUAAGAAAAUUCAUUAUAAUAGCUACAGGAGCAUUUGUCCCUAAGUAAAAUCAGUCAGCUAAAAUUCUUGUCUUAUUUGGAGGUCUAUUUUUUGUAGAGCAUGAAGUUUAGAAAAAUGAUUAAAUUAUGACUGGAUUAUUCUUGGUUAUUCUUAUAUACAACGUUUACUUUUUAGCCAGAUGGACUAUGAAUAUGAUAGUUUGUCUUAUGAGGACACAUUAAAAAAGACUAAGUAAAAUCUCAAUUAUAGGAAAAUAUUUCGAUAGCUUUAAUAAUUAUGACUAAGACUUGAAAAAUCAUAUAGAAAAAUUGCAUGGAUCAUAAAAAAUGAGAGAAAGCGUUUUAUUUUAAAAUGUGGAGAAUACAGAUAUGAGAUAAACUGUAAGUAAUUCUUAAAAAAGAGUUAUCAUAUAUGACGAUUGGACACCUAGAAGCAAGAAUCCAAUGAGUGCAUUUGAAAAAUCAGAUAACAGCUAUAUGUUUGAAACUAAAUAAGAUAAAAAUGACAAGUAGUAACCAAUAUCCAUUUUGAAGCAAGAUAAAAUUAAUGUCAAUUCUAAUAGAGAUUAAAGGUAUCAAAACAGUGAAAUUUCUACAACUAAUAGAUAAUUAUAAGGUAGAAGGUAAUCAACAAAUAACUACAUAGAUUAUUUUUAAGCUUUUGGAGAUUAUUCUCAAGUUCCUGCUUUAGCCAAAAAUAAACUCUCUACUCUUAAACUGGAAAGAUUUGUCGAAUAAGAAUAAGAUUCAAAGGCUAGUGUUUCAUUCUAAUUAAAAAUAAAAAAUAAGAAAAAGAAAGUCAAAGUAAAUUAACAAAAUAUAAAUAAAUUCAAGGUUUUUAUAUGA